UCUUGCACUUCCAAUUUCCUCACUUGUUUUAGAAACCGUUCGGUAUUCAUGCUUUGUUAAUUCAUUUCACUGUUUUCAAUUAUGUUUGGUUGUAUUUAAUUUCCAGUCUUAAUUUACAUCAUUUUCGAAUCACAAAAACACUUUCAAAACCCCCCCCCCCCCACUACGUGUUUGAUCUGAGACUUGAACCAAAUUUGGCCCUUGAGAGACGACCUAGGAGUCAUUUCCUAGUCUAUACUGCAUUCUUUUAUGCACAACUUUUGUUGGGAGGUGCGACCCUCUCAUCAAAAUGGCGCCGUUGCCGGGGACCAACGGUUCAGUUUUAGGUUUUUUGUGUUGAUAAUGUGUUGUUUGUGUGUCGUGUUUUGUCUUGUAUGUUUGAGUGUGUGUGAUUUGUUUGUUUAGGUUGUUUUGUGUGUUCAAAAUUUUUGUGAUAUCGUUUCAUGAUUUUAGGGUGCUGUGACUUAGUUCAUGACUAGGGGAAAUCCUGGGCCUAUACCACCCUUUGAUCCUGAGAUUGAUAGAACUUUUCAUAGGUUAGCUAGGCAUUCUAGGAAUUUAUCUUUAGAGUCUGUUUUUGAGUCUAAUCCAUUGGAUACUGUGCAUCCCACUGCUGAGUAUUUUGUGCAUACUGCAUCUACUGCAUCUGUUGCAUCUGCACGUGAUUCUGAUUCUGAUUCUGUUGUUUUUCACACUGAGAACAAUAUGGCACAACCUCCACCUCGCGAGAGGACUUUUAGGGAGAUGGCUGCACCUGAUUUCGAUAUCGAAAGCUUGUGCAUCCAAUAUCCUGAUGAGGACGUUCCAUUUGUUCUCAAGACUGGACUGAUCCAUUUGUUGCCCAAGUUUCAUGGUCUUGCAGGUGACAGUCCUCAUAAGCAUUUGAAGGAAUUCCACAUUGUCUGUUCUAGUAUGAAACCACAUGAUGUUCCUGAAGAGCACAUCUUCUUGAAAGCAUUCCCUCAUUCAUUGGAAAAUGUUGCUAAGGAUUGGUUGUAUGGUUUGGCGCCUAGAUCCGUCACUAGCUGGGAUGAUCUGAAGAGGCUGUUCUUAGAUAAAUUUUUUCCAGCAGCCCGGACCACAGCUAUCAGAAAAGACAUAACUGGGAUUAGGCAGCUUGGUGGAGAGAACUUAUAUGAGUAUUGGGAGAGAUUCAAGACACUUUGUGCUAGUUGUCCCCACCAUCAGAUACCUGAGCAUCUCCUUGUCCAGUAUUUCUAUGAGGGUUUGAACAACAUGGACCGUGGUAUGAUUGAUGCUGCCAGUGGUGGAGCUAUUGGAGACACCACACCUGCCGAGGCCAGGCAAUUGAUUGAGAAGAUGGCCUCUAACUCCCAGCAGUUUAGCACCAGGAAUGAUGCCAUUGUGGUGAGGGGCGUACAUGAUGUUGUUGCCCAGUCUUUAUCAGCUGUUGAAAGCAAGUUGGAAGGAAAGAUUGACUCUCUUACGAAGUUGGUGACACAGUUGACUACCAACCAGAGAUCUGCAGCUCCAUCUGCAUCUGUUGCACGACUAUGUGCUAUUUGUUCUUCCAGUGACCACUAUACAGAUGCUUGUCCUUCUUUGCAGCACUCUGCUGCCUCUGAUGCGCCUCAGGCUUAUGCUACAAACAUCUACAACAACAGGCAGCAACAACAGCAAAAUCAUGACUUAUCCAGCAACAGGUACAACCCAGGGUGGAGGAAUCACCCCAAUCUGAGAUGGAACAAUGCGCCACAGCAUCAACAGCAGACACCACCUUUCCAGAAUGCUGGAGCACCUAACAGAUAUGUGCCUCCACCUAUGCAACAACACCAGAGGCAACAACAACAGCAGCAACAAGAGGCACCUGCCCAACCACCUGCCCAACCUUCCACUUCGUCUGAGCCUUCAUUGGAAGAGUUAGUGAGACAGAUGACUAUGCAAAACUUGCAGUUUCAGCAGGAGACUAGAGCUUCCAUACAGAGUCUCACUAACCAGAUGGGUCAGAUGGCUACUCAGAUAAAUCAGGCGCAGUCUCAGAAUUCGGAUAAGUUACCAUCCCAGACUGUGCAGAACCCAAGGAAUGUGAGUGCCAUAACCCUCAGAUCAGGGAAGCAGAUUGUUGUGCCUUCAGAGCCCGUUUCUACACCUACAUCCAUGCCUGCUACUUGUCCUAGAAAGAACGACCAUGACGGUCCGAGCAAGGCAUUCGAGGUGGGUGAAUCUUCUUCUCCAGCUGGUGGUUCUUCUUCAGGUGGAUCUUCUCCCUCUUCCACCACCACCGCUGCCGCACCUUCUCCAUUGGUUGACCGACCUAUCCCUCUACCAUUCCCUUCACGGGCAUUUCCUAGCAAAAAGAUGGAAGAUGUGGAUAAGGAAAUUCUGGAGACCUUCAGGAAGGUAGAGGUGAACAUACCUCUACUUGAUGCCAUCAAGCAGAUACCGAAGUAUGCCAAAUUCUUGAAGGAGCUGUGCACACACAAGAGGAAGAUGAAGGGAAAUGAGAGGAUAAGCAUGGGAAGGAAUGUAUCUGCGCUCAUUGGUAAGUCGGUCCCGCACAUCCCUGAAAAGUGCAAGGACCCAGGUAUAUUUUGCAUUCCUUGUGUGAUUGGAAACAAUAAAUUUGAAAAUGCCAUGCUUGAUUUGGGUGCUUCUGUUAAUGUCAUGCCUUUGUCUAUAUAUGCAUCUUUGUCUCUUGGUCCUUUGCAAACCACGGGUGUGGUCAUUCAGUUGGCCAAUAGGAGUGUUACCCACCCAGCAGGUUUCAUAGAGGAUGUCUUGGUUAGGGUUGGUGAAUUGAUUUUUCCUGCUGACUUUUAUGUUUUGGAAAUGGAGGAGGGAUUCUCUCAUGGAUCCGCUCCCAUUAUCUUAGGCAGGCCAUUCUUGAAAACUGCCCGAACUAAGAUUGAUGUGUAUGCUGGAACUUUGUCUAUGGAAUUUGCUGAUAUUGUUGUUCAUUUUAAUAUCCUUGAUGCAAUGAAAUUUCCAGCUGAGGACCAUUCUCUGUUUAGGAUCGAUGCAUUGGAUGACAUUAUUGAUAGAUAUGUUGUUGAUGAUUUUGAUUCUUUGCAUAAGAAAGAGCAUUCUUUUCUAUCUUCUCUACAUACAUGCAUUGAAUCUGAAUUUGAGAAUGAGGUUGAUUUUGAAGAGAAUUUUGAUAUCCAUGAUGUUGAUGAUGUUUUUGAUAUGGAUGAUGUUGAUAAUGUAAUUGUCAUGGAUAUGGAUUUGGAGCGUGAUGAGAUAGGUGUUCCGCCUUUACUUGUGAAUUCUUUGGAGUCAGAAUGCACUAACCACUUUGUAGGAAGUACAAAUGAAUCUGACUUGCAGGCACCUACUCUUGAGUUGAAACAGCUCCCAGAUAACCUCAAGUACGUGUACUUGGAGGAUGAUGAGAAGAAACCGGUGAUCAUUUCCACCUCCCUUGAUUCUGUUCAAGAGGAGAAGUUGCUUGGUGUGUUGAGGAAGCACAAGAAGGCCAUUGGUUGGAGUUUGGCUGACAUACCUGGUAUUAGCUCAUCCACAUGCAUGCAUAGAAUUCUUUUGGAAGAUGGGGCAAGGCCAGUGAGACAGCCACAAAGAAGGCAAAACCCUGUAAUCAUGGACGUCAUCAAGAAGGAGGUGACCAAGCUUUUGCAAGCUGGGAUCAUCUACCCUAUUUCAGACAGUCAGUGGGUUAGCCCCAUCCAUGUUGUGCCCAAGAAAACUGGCCUCACUGUGGUGAAGAAUGAGAGGGAUGAGCUUAUCCCAACUAGAGUGCAGAACAGUUGGAGAGUCUGCAUUGACUAUAGGAGGCUCAACCAAGCAACCAGGAAAGAUCAUUUCCCCCUGCCAUUCAUUGAUCAGAUGCUGGAGCGCCUGACAGGUAAAUCUCAUUAUUGUUUUCUUGAUGGUUUUUCUGGUUACUUUCAAAUAAAUAUUGCGCCUGAGGAUCAAGAAAAAACCACAUUCACCUGCCCCUUUGGCACUUUUGCCUAUAGGAGGAUGCCCUUUGGUCUAUGCAACGCCCCUGGUACUUUUCAGUGGUGCAUGCUUAGCAUUUUUAGUGACUUUCUUGAGAAUUGUAUAGAGGUGUUUAUGGAUGAUUUUACUGUGUAUGGGUCCUCCUUUGAUGCAUGUUUAGACAGUCUGGAAAAAGUUUUGAAAAGAUGCAUAGAAACAAACCUUGUUCUCAAUUUUGAGAAAUGUCACUUCAUGGUUGGACAAGGUUUGGUUCUAGGGCAUAUCAUUUCUGAAAAAGGAAUAGAGGUAGACCCUGCUAAGAUAUCUGUGAUUUCGCAGUUGCCUUACCCCUCUUGCGUGCGAGAGGUGCGAUCUUUUCUUGGACAUGCAGGUUUCUACAGGCGCUUCAUCAAAGAUUUCAGCAAGAAGGCGCUUCCUUUGUCCAGACUGCUGCAGAAAGAUAUUGACUUCUCUUUUGAUGACAGAUGCAAGCAGGCGUUUGAUUGCCUGAAGGAAGCUUUGACCACCGCCCCUAUCAUUCAGGCACCAGAUUGGACAGCCCCAUUUGAGCUCAUGUGCGAUGCGUCUAAUUAUGCAUUAGGGGCUGUCUUGACACAGAAAAUUGACAAGCUGCCGAGAGUGAUCUACUAUGCUUCACGCACUUUGGAUGUUGCCCAGGCAAAUUAUACCACCACUGAAAAAGAGUUGUUGGCAAUUGUUUUUGCCCUUGAUAAGUUUAGGUCAUAUUUGCUUGGAUCACCUGUUAUUGUGUAUACUGACCAUGCAGCUCUAAAGUUUCUGUUGAAAAAGGCGGAGUCAAAGCCUAGAUUGAUCAGGUGGAUGCUACUGCUCCAGGAGUUUGACUUGCAAAUUGAAGACCGGAGUGGAGCACGAAAUUUGGUUGCAGACCACCUAAGCCGGAUUGAAAAAGCUGGGAAUGAAGCUGAUAUGUUGCCCAUACAGGAUACCUUUCCUGACGAGAGUUUGUUGAUGAUUUCUUACUCUCACCCCACUCCUUGGUUUGCACACAUUGUAAAUUAUUUGGUUGCUUCUGUUUUUCCUCCCUUAGCAUCACGUGCUCAAAUUGCUAAAAUUAAGAGUGAUGCUAAGUAUUAUGUUUGGGAUGACCCAUAUCUGUGGAAGUUGUGCAGUGACCAGGUUACUAGGAGAUGCAUUCCGGACCAUGAGAUUGACUCGGUCCUGCAGUUUUGUCAUGCCUCCUCACCUGGUGGUCAUCUGGGGAUACAGAGAACAGCUCGCAGGGUGCUGGACUGUGGUUUUUAUUGGCCUUCCAUCUUCAAAGAUGCGGAGAAGAUCUGCAGCACUUGUGAGCCUUGUCAGAGAGCAGGAGGAUCAAUUUCACAGAGACAAGAGAUGCCUCAACAACCUAUGUUGUUCUGUGAGGUGUUUGAUGUAUGGGGUAUAGAUUUCAUGGGUCCUUUUCCUGUUUCUUUUGGUUUCUGUUAUAUUCUCCUUGCUGUGGAUUAUGUUUCAAAAUGGGUGGAAGCUAGAGCCACCAGGACUAAUGAUGCUCGGGUUGUUGUAGAUUUUGUUAGAUCUCACCUCUUUUGCAGGUUUGGAGUGCCUAGAGCAAUUGUUAGUGAUCAAGGAACCCAUUUUUGCAACAGAUCCAUGCAAGCCUUGCUCAAGAAAUAUGGGGUGACGCACAGAGUUUCUACACCUUACCACCCCCAAACAAAUGGGCAGGCUGAGAUCUCCAACAGGGAGAUUAAGAGGAUUUUGGAGAAGAUUGUCCAGCCCAACAGGAAAGAUUGGAGCAAUAGGUUGGACGAUGCUCUUUGGGCUCACAGGACAGCUUACAAAGCACCGAUAGGGAUGUCUCCCUACCGGGUUGUCUUCGGAAAAGCAUGUCACCUACCGGUCGAGAUUGAGCAUCGGGCAUAUUGGGCUGUGAAGAUUUGCAACUUCUCCAUGGACCAAGCUGGAGAGGAAAGAAAGUUGCAACUGAAUGAAUUGGAUGAGAUCCGAUUGGAGGCAUAUGAAAACUCGAAGUUCUACAAGGAAAGGACAAAGAAGUUCCAUGAUAGUUCUAUUGUUAGAAAGGACUUCGAGGUUGGCCAACAGGUUUUGUUGUAUAACUCUAGACUCGGCCUCAUGGGUGGUAAGUUAAGAUCAAAAUGGACUGGACCUUUUGUUGUGACUAAUGUUUAUCCUUAUGGUGCAGUAGAGAUCCAAGGUCCAUCUACAGCUAAAAGCUUCAAGGUGAACGGGCAUAGACUGAAGCCUUUCCUCAGCAACCCUUCUUUAGUGGAUGUAGUGGUGGAGGAGACGUCUUUGGUCCACCCCACCUAUCCUCCCAUCUGACUCAGGGAGUUUCUUUUCUCCUCCCCUCCUCACUUUUAUUGCACUUUGUCGAUAUCUGAUGAUUGUUCCGAUUGUUUGGUCUACUGAUUGUUACACACUGAGGACAUUGUGUCGUUUAAGUGUGGUCUAUUAGGGGAGGUUGUUUCUUUGUUCAUGUUUCGGUUUUUAUUUGUUGUAUCUUGUGUACAGUUUUGCAUGCUUUUUGUAAAUUCUGGAUUGUGGUUAGGUUGUCAGUUUUCUUUCACUUCAUUGAUACUCUGAGAUGUUGGAUUCCUUGCUUUUCUUUGCUUGGAAGAUGAUCAUGAUGUUUGAGAGUUGAAUUGAUUGUGACACAAAUGCCCUGUGUGAGAUUUGAGCCACUUUAUGUUCUUUCUUGUGUGUGAUAUGUCUCUUGAUUGCUUGCGCAUAUGCCUUGGCUUGACUCUUGUUGAUAAUUCUUGAUUGAUAUGCAUGUUUGGAAGUGAUAAAGGCAAUUUUGUUCUUGAGCCUCUCUAGCCAAAUAAGCUUACCUUGUUCUAAUCCUUUGAAAACCCUUUUUUUGAGCCUAUACUUUCCCCCAUUUCUUUGUUUUGAAUGCUCAUACACUAGCCCUAAGUGAAAAACCAUGAUUACCUUAACCUUAGGGAAUUUUGGAGCUUUGGAAGUGUUUUGGGAACAAGUGUGGUCUCUUGGGGGUUUCUGAUGAGUUGGCUAGUUGGUUCCUCUUCUUGUUUUGCUUUGGUAAAUAUAUGUGUAUCUUGUCUUUUACACACUCAAAGGCUCAACAUUUAGUCAUUUAGAUUCUAAUUAAAAUUGUAAUUUCGUUUUCUAGAAGCCCUUAAUUAGAAUUAGGUGUUUUGGACCCUUUUAGGGGCAAUUUUGUAAAAAAGACCCAUUUGUAGGACAUGUGCCUUUUUGAUUAGGGUUUUUAAUUGAUUGUGGACCCCAUUUGGAGGAGAACUCUCGGCAUUUUAGAGAGCCCUAGCCAACCACACAAAAAACGUUUACACACUUCAUUAUUUUUUACGUUUUUGGAGCCUUUCUCUCUUAGGGUUUCUUGUAUGAACACUCUUAUGGAGAGCUUGA